AUGUCGACAGAAGCUGAAACUAAAGGCAAAAAGAGAACACAUGAUGAAGAUGAUGAAUCUAAUGGAGAUGUUGAAACAACAACAACAACUGGUUCAAAAAAAAAGGCAACACCAGUUAAAGCAGCAACAUCAACAACAAGAAAUAAACAACCAAUUAAUGAUGAUGAUGAAUCACGUGAAGAAACCAAUGAUGAUGAUUCAAAUAGUGUAGAAGCUAGAGCUGCUUCAAGUAAUGUUAAAGGUGUAUCAAAACGAAAUGGAAAUGCAACAUCGACUGAUGCUACUGCUAGUGGAGAUUUAGAUGAAAGUGCUGAUUAUGACGAUGAUGAUGAAGAAAAUUCUGAUGAAGAAGAUUAUAAAGAACAAGGUGAAGGUAGUGGAAGUGAUGACGGUGGUAGCGAUGUAGGUGCUGGUGGUGAUGAUGAUGAAUCAAAAGAUGUUGGUGAGGAUGAUGACGAGGAAGGUGAUGAAGAAUCAAGAGAGUAA